AAGAACCGAUCGGAGAUCGCUGCAGCCGCCGGGCCUACAGCAUUAUCACUUACGCCGCGAUCGACCUCGACUCAAGAACUAAUUAUGUCUAGGAUCCCACGUCGAGGCAUUCUUUGCAACGGUGUUAUCUUAUUUUCUACUAUCGCCUCUAUUUACAAAGCUCGGCAUAAUCUACGCCGCUACUCUCUGUUAGAGACAGCUGCCAGGCACAGCACAUCCUAGCUAUGGUUUAACCAUCAGUGAUGAUUUGAACCUAACUCUCGUUUAAGGGCCUUCGAUAGGCUACUGAUCCUCAAGCAAUUGCUUGCUUCUAUAAUCCCUCAAGACGCCCUAACUGCUGGCUCACAGUCGACAAGAUGUCUUUCAAAUCCAAGAAUCUCAAUUAUGAGGCCAAAGAGCCGCCUUUUUUGCAAAGGCUGAAGAGCCAGUAUGGUGGCGCAAAUUCCGGUCGUCAUGAACGAGCCAUACCACGCCCUCGCAGACUACAAAAGGACGACGAUGAGGACGCCCCGACGUAUGUCGAUGGGGAGACCAAUGAGGUUAUCUCUAAGGAGGAAUACGAAUCCCUAGUUCAAGGCGAUAAAAAUGACGGAUCUCAAGAUGAGACUAAGGAGGAGACAGCCUCUGCGCCGGCGGAAGACGAGGCCGAUACAGCAAAUCCAGAAACUAAAGCACAGCAAAAACAGAACAUAGCUGAAAUUGGAGGCCCUAAAAAGCGAAAACAGGGAAGAGUGGUUGGUGAGGAAGAUACUGCAGAUAAUGCCGAGCGACGGCAAGAGAGCUCCUCUUCGCGCAAACCAAAGCAGAAAAAAAAGAAGAUCAAGCUCUCGUUCGAUGAGGGCGAAGAUUAAACAUCUUACAAUAUAUGAAAUAAGAGAUACCUACAUGAUUCAGUACCGCGAGGAUGCCCUAGCAUGAGUCAUUAUUAGUUGUUACUCGGAGUAAUUCACAGUGCUUAAUGUUGGUUAGCUUCACCAGACACGGCCUAAAACUCAAUGAUAAAGAUUUCAGCGAUG